AUGGACCUGCGGCUCCUCGACUACGCCAAAGAUGCGCAAGACACAGCGACCGCGCUCAGUACUUUCCUAGACGAGAUACCAGAGUAUUCGAAAGAGAUCAAGGGUGACAUUGCCGAACUCUUUGCCAUCUCAAGCGCUCUUGACGUACUACACGAGGACCUGGCAUUGUCGCGCUAUGGCAGGCACGUUGGUCGUAUCGUGCAUGAUCUCGACAUAUGUCUCCCGAGCCUGGAAUAUACGCUGGAGGACAUCCGAAACAUCUUCAACAAGUCGAAGCGAAAGGGCCGACAACAUCCUGGAGCUUUCCCCGGUACCCCGCCAUACGCGCAGAUCUGGGAAGAUGCGUGCGACGAGAUGCGGGCACAAGGUAUUCCUUUAAGUGCGCGUUUGGAAAUGUAUAGAACCUAUCUGCAAGGCUUGCAUGAUAUUUUGAGGAGCAAGGGAGAUGACGGAGAAGUCGACCACAUUCGGGCUCGGCUAUCGAAGAUACUGAAGAAACAAGAGCCAAUUGACGACUAUUUCUCCAGGCUCUCGAGUCCGUACAGACCACUAAGUCCUUAUCCUACAGCGCCUCGAACACCCCAGCCGUACCAGUACCACGCUCCCCCAUUGCCCCCAAGACCGCACGUUGAACGGGGCACCACAUAUCCGGCUUAUCAUCCUCACCAACACCCACCACCGCCACCGCCGCCUCCGCCUCCACCACGUUCUCCGGUCUAUGGCGAGAUACCAUACAUACCCCCUAUCGUACCAGAAGUGCCGCAAUCACCCACCUACUCAAAUGCGUCUUCAAACACUUACUCGCUGCAUUCCAAUGACUCUGGAGGCCCAGUCGCUCAUUGGGCGAUGAAAAUCCUUGAUGGAAGACAUUCUUCAACGCCCUUUCAAACCCUUGGGCAACCGACUCGGUGUCUCGGAAGAGACGAGCCGCAAGCUAUCGAGCUGCUGGUGAAAGAUGGCUUCGAGAAAGUGCUUGAACUGCCUUUCGAAGCGACGAACGUGUGGGUGAGGCUCUACUGGCGCUCUGAAGAUAACCGAGCACGGAUUCUCUUCUUGACCCUCGAUCCAACCGGGCGAAGAAUGCGUUACUGCUUUCCGCUCACUGGUCUGAAAGUGCUGCGCACCGAAUCGAGCUUGCAGCUAUGUCGUGUAAACCGUGAGGAUGGCCAGCUCGAUCUCUGGGCAAACCUGCGAUUCACGCUCUAUGAACGUAUCACCAUGGUCGCGAUGAAACGACAAGAUGACACCCAAACACCACCAGGUCUCGAGGAUUUCUUCCAACCUGGAGAACAGCAAGAGUUUGGAGGGGAGAUACAAGACGACACUUACGCGUACCGCCAUGCACUCCGGAUCUUCCGUGACAAGGAUUCAGGCUGUGUACGCUUCGAAGCUACACCUCGCCGAGGACCAUUGAAGACCAUCCCUAUCUGGACAGCCUUCGUUACACAGUACGUCGGACACAGAGGCUGGAUGAAGCGUGUGGGAGCGCAGACUGUUUCGUUCCGCGAGCUUCAUCCUUAUAUGUUCACGGACGGGUACAAAUUGCCCAAGGGAUCAUCAGGUAGAUACCAGCUGACAUUCACCACGCCGAAUGACGCGCGAAGCUUCAUGGAGACAUUUCAUCAGAUCCGGGUCCGAUAA